UCAUUAUCCGCCAAAUUUAUCCUCUGAGCUUCACAAAAUCUCGUUCACCCACUUCUUUUCCCUCCAUGGCUCUCUCCAUAACAGCCACUACAAGCACUAGCAGAGCGGAGAUCCUCCACAGCAACCCCACCAAGCAAUCCUACGCCGGCUUCCCUGUUUGCCGCUACGUCAUAUUACCUCUCUCGCACCGCACAGGGCCACCGUUGCACAUAGUUUCAGCGAAGAAAUUCUCCUCCCGGACCGAACGAUUCGACAGAAAGAAUCGGGGCUUGACUACGACCACGGACAAAGAAGACCGGACGGCUGCCGAUAGUGAAACAUUUGAGGCCGAGAGUGGAAUUGAUGAUGGUUUUGUCAUGCCGCAGCUCCCUGGAAAAGAACCAGAUUUCUGGGAGGGUCCGCAGUGGGACGGUCUUGGAUUCUUCGUGCAGUAUAUGUGGGCUUUUGGGAUUCUUUUCUCUAUAAUUGCAUGUGGGAUUGCUGUGGCUACAUACAAUGAAGGGGCAACAGAUUUUAAGGAGACUCCUUCAUACAAAGAGUCAAUCCAGUCUCAGGAGCUUUUGGAAGAACCUGAUGCAUCAAGCUCAGACGUGUUCGAGUCCAACCCAACUGAGGUGGCACCAAGUUUGGAAUAGGUAUUGUACUGAGUUUGAUCAUAUUUUUACAUCUUCAAUAUGUGAAAAUAUAGGCAAAGAAAUAUUUAAACUGAAAGGCCAUCUUGAAAGGCGUUGCCUUUGAUAUACGAAGUAAGUUUUAAUUUUGUUUGCUGCAUCUUCUGAGAUUUGUAAAUGUGUCUCGUGUUUAGUCUUGGAUGCUUUUCCUUAUACCAAGAUCUUUUGACAAAAUAUUCAAUCUUAUAAAGUUGUAAUUUUUAUUCCAAA